UCCCAUUCCUGCAACGGGACAUCAGGGCGACGUGUACGAAGAGUACGAGACACUGGACGUUUUGUCAAGUUAAAGUUAUUUGACUGUGAUUUAAUAACGAUGGUCAUCUGAUGAUCUUAAGCAGAGCUGAGCUACAGUCAGGGAAGGACUUUUAAUUAUCGUCACUUCCGCUUUCAUUGAGUUGGAGACGAUCUGACGUGAUAAUUUAUAACAUGAUCCACAACAAGGAGGCUGAAUCUGAAACUCGGUUUUACGGUUUUAUUAGAGCAGUCUCUGUAGGACUGACUCACAUAAUCUCCAUAGCCUUUCCUGUUUUUAUUGCAUUUCUCUCCCUACCUGGAACAAGUGUGUUUUCAUGGCAUCCUUUCCUGAUGACAGUAGCUUUUGGCUUCUUUAUGACGGAAGCCAUCCUGCUCUUUUCGCCCCACGGCUCCUUCAUCAAGAGGUUUCCACACAAGACCAAAGGCCGUGUUCACUGGAUCCUGCAGAGCCUCUGUGGCUCCUGUGCCGUUCUGGGCCUGGCUGCCGUCUACUACAACAAAAAUCUGAAUGGUAAAGCCCACUUCACUUCGUGGCACGGCCUGCUGGGACUAAUCACAGUGUGUGUUGUGUGUGUGCAGUCCUUGGCAGCCAUGCCUCUCAUUUACCACUCUCUGGCCAAAGACUGGUCCCUCGCCAAGCUGAAGCGCUACCACGCCGCGUCAGGACUCGUCACCUUCCUGCUGGGCUGCACCAGCCUGCUGCUCGGGCUCUGCUCCUCCUGGUUCACGGCGUCAGUAGGGGGGUACGCCUGGUACCUGGCAGCAAUCUGCCCCGCUCUCAGCGCUCUGAUCAUUAUGAAUCAGGUCUCCAGUGCUUACGUUGCUAAAAAGCGGCUGCAGUCCUGACGGAGGCGCGUUGGAUGAACAGAGCUAAGCUCACUGUGCUCCUUUAAAGACUGAAAUAUUACUUCUCAGUUCACAAACUUUCCUGCCUUUUUUGAUUUUUGAUGCAAUUUUUUGUUGGUGAUCUUUCCAUGCUUGAAUGAAUAAAAAGUCAAAAUAUGAAGAAGAGAAA